UGCGCUUAGGUGGGGAGGGUCUUGGGGGAGGAUCCAGCCCCUGGUACUAGGCAGGACUGCUUCAGUAGGGCCCCCACCCCACCCCAGUCCGGCUGCUUCUCGCACACCCUUCAUCUUUUCACUAAGUCCAAUUCCUUCAGCGGGCUGCUCCCUCCUCCAGGGCAAUGGCAUCACAGCUGGAAAGCGCCAUGGAAGGCCUCAUUACCGUCUUCCAUAACUACUCAGGCAAGGAGGGUGACAAAUACAAGCUGAGCAAAAAGGAGCUGAAGGAGCUACUGCAGAACGAGCUGAGCAUGUUCCUGGAGAACCAGAGAGACACGAGCGUCGUGGACGGCAUCAUGCACGACUUGGAUGAGAACGGUGACGGGGAGGUGGACUUCCCGGAGUUUGUGACCCUGGUGGCAGGCCUGACCGUGGUUUGCAACGAAUUUUUCUGCGAGGCCACAUGAAGAGUUUGAAGGAGGCUGCCGGCAGGCCCGAUUCGGGAGCCGCUGCAUCACAGAGUCCCGGCCAUACCUUGCCAUCUCCCACCCAGGCCGCCUGCUAGCCCUGCAGCUUUCCCCUACCGUUCGGCACAAAGUGACCGCCUUGAGGUCCCCCCAUAAUCAACCAUUGUGACAGCACUGCUUAUUAAAGCCACUUUAUCUGCCCUC